AUGCACCCUCGCGUAUUCGCUCCACGCUCACCACCAGCACCCUCGCGUGUUCGCUUCACGCUCAUCACGCCAGAAACGCAGGCGGCCAGAGGGCUAAUGCCGUCUGCUUCAAGACCUGAACAAGUUUUUAAUGGUAGCUUUUACUUUUCACAGCAGACAGUUGUUGGCGUAGGAAGGGCAUCAAUCGGAGAUAUAUUGGAUGAUUUUCUGCGUCAAAGAUUUGGUCCAAAUUUUUACGAACGUAUUGAUGCUAGAGUUGUCCCAUCCAAGAAGCAUGCUGCUGUGAAUCGUUUUAACAAGAAGGAAAAUGGGCAAUUUGUGUUCUUACUAGAAAAUCGUGCUUGUUCUUCAAGCAUUAAGCUAUCAUCAGUUAAUAUUGUUAUUGUAUAUGAUAGUGAAUGGAAUCCAGCAAAUGAUUUGAGGGCACUACAAAAGAUAUCCUUCAAUUCAAAAUUAGAGCAGAUCAAAGUUUUUCGGUUAUAUUCGUCCUGUACUGUUGAAGAAAAGGCCCUACUUCUAGCAACGCAGGUUCUUAAUCUUGAUAACAAUCUGCAUAACUUGAGUAGGACCACUAGCGACACACUGCUAAUGUGGGGUGCUUCAUAUUUAUUUAGCAAAUUGGAUGAUUAUUAUGCUGACAGAAGCCCUACAUCUGCUUUAAACAUUUCCUCAGAGCAAUUGCUUUUGAAUGACACUACCAAGGAGCUACUGACCAUACUUUCUGAAACCUCUGAAUAUAAUGGUUCAGGUUGUAUCAUUUCAAAAGUUCAACUGGAUGUUGGACGUUAUAGUAUAAAUCUUCCCCUACUCGGGGAGGGAAAAUUCCAGUUGAAAGAUGGAGAAGAGGCUCAUGUUUUCUGGAGAAAGCUUUUGGAGGGUAGAAAUCCACAGUGGAAGUAUUCCUGUGGGUCAACUCCACGUAAUAGGAAAAGAGUUCAAUUCUUUGAUGAAUCGUCUGGGAACCCUGACACUGGUAGUGAUGAAGUUAGAAAAAAACAUAGGAAGGCAGUCAAUGAAAAUGUAGAUCCAGCAUCGAUUCAAGUUGAACCCAAAGGGCAUCAACUGACUCAAGCUGCUGGUUGUAAAGGAGGGUCUUCUACAGCAGUAUCCACCACCCAGUCCCAAUCUGUGGACGAAUCAACUUCUCAUCAAACUGACAAUGUUAAUCCAGAAAGCAACUCAAAUUUCAUAUUUGGUCAGAGCUCUUUUGAUCCUGGAGUCCACGUGGACAAGUCCCAGGAAAUAGUAACAUCAUCCAAUGAGCAGAAGAGCCUCCAUAUCAUAAUAAAAGGAGAGAUGGCGAGACUAUGCCAAAUUCUUAAAGUUUCGGAAGACGUCAUGCAUAUGGUGGAAAGAUUUCUUGAAUAUGUCAUCAAGAAUCACCAUGUCAGUAAUGAAUCACCAACCAUCAUUCAGGCUUUCCAGAUAUCUCUGUGUUGGAUUGCAGCUUCAAUCUUGAAACAAAAAAUCAAUAAGAAGGAUUCGCUCAUGACAGCAAAACAGUUUUUGAAUUAUGGAUGCACAGAAGAACAGGCAAACCAUGUUUAUUCAAAGAUGCGAUUGUUGAAGAAGAUGUUUUUGCAGUGUUCCCUGAACACGAAAAAAUCUAUAAAGGAUUGCUUGUUAUCGACAGAAGAUUUCAGCAUAGAGUCAUGUAAAACUGAUGCUGGGAUACCACAAUUUUCAGUGGUUAGCCUGCUAAGUGUGAAAUCUGAUAUUGAAAGAUCAGCAAAUAAAGAGCAUUCCAGUGGUCUGAUUGUUUCAGAGCAUAAAAAGCCACUGAAGAACAAAGUUGCUGAAUGUGAAACUGAAUAUAUGUUAAAGAAAAUCCGGAGAAAAUGUGACAAGCGGCUGAAAAUACUUCUUAGGAAACAGCAGGAAGAAGUUCAGAAAUUUCACAGAAUUUGGGAGGAGAAAAAGGAGCGAUUGGAGAAAGAACACAAAUUGGAGUCUGCAUGUAUCCGGUUUAUACAUGGAGGUUCAGUAACAAUAGACAAACUCAAGCUUUUGGAUUCUGAUUUCGCAAAGAAAAUGGAAGAGUAUAAGUGUUUGAAGGACAUGCACGUUAAAGAUCUUGAGGCAAAUCAGUUAGUUGCAAGGAAUGAUGAGAGACGAAAGGCAGCCCGUUGGUUGGCCAAAGCGAAAGCCUGCCAUAGUGAACUUAAAGCUGUUGAUGAUCCAGUUGGAUGCUCUAAAACCCGUGCACAUAUUACGCUCCGUGAUCCUGAGAAUGCCGUCCCCAUGUCUGAACAGCAUAUUGAAGACACAAAUCCAACCAAAGCUGUGCAUCUCGCGCAAGAGAACGAUGUAGCACCAUCUAAUACAUGUGUCAUUGCACAAGCUGAGGCAGUAGGUUGUACUGUGCCUACCGAAACUGCUAAUCAUCUGGUAAAUAUAACUUCUGAAAGGGAGGUGGGGUCAUCUUCCUUUGAGAGUACAUCCAUUGCUGAGCUGCCCAGUGAAUUGACUCAUUCCAGUAAUACUACCAGGGAGAUGGCUUCUGUGGACCUGCCUGGUUGUGGGGAAUUGGUUUCUAAUGAAAUUCAAAUGGUUCAGGCGAGUGAAGGAAUUCCAACAGGGGUGCCUGAUACUAUUCCUGAAGAUGCGGGUCAUGUUCACUCUGUUGAACAGAGUGAUUUUUCCAAUAAGAAGUGCGAUAUAGGAGAUAGAAUUGAUACCAGUUUGUCCGAUGAUGUGAACCAGAUAGAUGGUGAUGAGUCAAUUGAUGGCUGUCCAAGUUCACUUGAACAAUCAUUGUUACCUCCGGCAGAAACAUUUGCUCCUUCAGAUCACUGUGGUUCUUUGCCACCGAGUCAAAUUUUCCCAUGCUUUUCCAUAUCAAACUAUAGAAUGACGACUAAUAAAAAAAUGCCAUAUGACCAGGUACUACUAGAAAGUUCGGUAUAUGGGGAAUUUCAAUUGGGAGAUGCACCAGUUCCUGAAAAUCGAAGUACUUUGCAGGUUGAAGUUGCAAUCUCCAAACAUAUUGACUCUGAAACCUGUGCAUUGUCUAAUGAUCUUCUAUCAGAAAAUCUAAGUACUUUGCAGGUUGGAGUUGCAACCUCAGAACGUAUUAACUCUGAACCCCCAGCACAAUCUAACCAUGCACCGGCAAUCGAGAAUCGUGAGCAGCUGCAGCCAGUUUCCAUUGAUGUAUCUCUCAGCUGUGAUCGAACACCUGCAAGUGAGGUUGAACAUGAAAACUAUGAUAGAGAAAGAAUCCUAAUUCCGGAAACUUCUCCUCAGUCAUCUGGGGAACCGGAAGCACUUUCACAUCAAGUCGCUUGUCAACGUGGCCAAGAAUUGGAGCAGCAUCAUCCAGUUGCUCUUGUGGAUUCAACUCUUGAUCGCUAUCACCUUGAUUUAGGAUUAGUUAGUCAAGUUAAUCAUGUGCCCAAUGGUGAAUUUUUUGCCUCCCAAAGUUUUUUGUCUGCGCCCCAAGCUGUAGUAAAUACAGCCGAACUUCCAAGUCAAGUUAUUUGGCAAACAGAAGUAGAUUUAUCUCAUGCUCGAGGAUCCGGAAACCUUACAUCUCAGCCUCCUUAUCAAGUCCCCUCUUGGCAUCCUGCUCCAUCUUUGCAUGCUGAGCCACUUUUAAAUGAAUUGUUAAGGAUCAGUAAAGAGAGAGAAAAGACGGUUAAAGUUUAUGAAGAUUUGAAGUUGCUGUUGAAAUCUGAGUGUGAGAAGGCGAUAGAGGAAGUUAUUGCUCAGAUACGUAAUAAAUUCGAGGCAAAACUUCAUGAUGCUGAAAUAGCAUUUCAUCUGAAAAAGAAUGAACUUGAUAAGAAUCAUAAUAAUGUUCUUAUGAACAGAAUAUUGGCUGAGGCUUUCAGAUCUAAGUGUUUGGAUCUCAAGCCUUCUUCGCCUUCAAGAUUGCAGCAAGCCAUGUCUUCCAGUUUCAUGCAGCAGUUACCAAUGCCACGCCCUGUGAGACACCCAGUGUCUUCAGUUUGCCCUCAGACUACGGUUCCAACUGUACAGGCUUCACAACAGCUACCACUGCCACUUUCUACUGUACCAGCUCCCAUCUUUGUUUCUUCUUCGAGUUGCCAACCUUGGACAAUGGCUUCAACUGGACAAGCUACACAUCAGCCAUUGCUGCCACAUUCUACAGGACCUGCUUCUGGCUUUGUCUCUUCGUCAGGUUGCCAACCUGUUGCCAGCCAGCAUAAUCCCACGCCAGCUGUACAAACUGUACACCGUGCAUCAGCUCUUUGUUCAGGAGCACCAACCAGACCCCCACACAUAAGUGCCAUCACACCUUCCACGGGUAACCUGCGCAUUGGAGAGGUCCGUUCUCCAGCCCCACAUCUUCAACCUUUCCAGCCCUCAACGUCCGCAUCUGCAGCCAGUCUCCCUUCGCAUGGUAUGCCUAGUCAGCAGGCAACAGCUACCCGUCCUGCGACUUCUCCAUCAUUUUCUCAGCACACGCCUCAACGAACACCACAUUCUCAGGUGCCAUCACUGCCACAACAGCUGCCAUUGGUGCCAACUAAUUCUGUUUCUCAUAAUAGACCUCAGCCUGAAAGUAGACCGUCAGCUCCUCAUAACUCGUCUCAAUCUGCCUUUCAGCUGCUUGUGGACAUGGAUCACCAAUCUCCUGUACAUGGACGUACUACCGUUGCAUCUUUACGAGAUGUUGUUACUAAUUUUGGAUCAUUGGAGCUGUCUGAUCUUGAAACCCUUGGUAAUGUACAGGGUAGCCUUACUUCUUCAGUUCCUGCAACAGAUGUCGUUUAUUUGUCUGAUGACAACUGAUGUUUCGUAGAACUACACCAUGACCAACGAUUUUACAAUGCUAACUUGGAAGGGAAUGAUCGUUUUGAAGCAGAAUGUAAGAAUCUAACUGCAGGGAUUCGAGUUGUUUUUAUUGAUCAUAACCAAACUACUACUUUGUCUAUAGGGUUAUUGAUUCACGCUUGGUUUUGAAUUGAUGGUUUUUCCGCAUAAUAUCUAUUUAUGGUCGUAUCAGCUAAUAUUAUGCUUCAGAAAAUUCAUUUUGGGUCAAAUUGAAAGACCUUCAUCGCUUGUAUGACUUGUUACCUCCCAAUCAGGCUUGUCAAGUGACUUCUUUUUUGGUAA